AUGCGCCUUCUUCAGAAACUCGCCACGACCGUCGUGUCAGGUCUAUUGCUAUUGCUCGCGGGCACCGUCGAUGCACACUCCCAGUCCAGAAACCCAUUAAACUACCUCUCAUUAAUUGAAAACCCCCGAAUACAAACGCCCUCGCAAAGGGUAUACUGCACCUCCAGCUUCGAUUUGACAUUCGACCUCCACCAGAAUGCCCAACAUAUUCGGCUGAGCCUUGAACCUAACCAUGACAUCAUCCAUGAAGACUCCUAUAUGGAAUUUAUCGACAAGGAUGGCAACGUCAGACACGUCGAGAAGAUGCAGCGCGAGGACCACAAGAUCUAUCAGGGAAAAGCCUUUCUCGUCGACGACGAGGGAAUAAACCGACAUGUCGGCUGGGCUCGAAUUGCUGUGAGGCGGGAUGGCGUCAGACCUCUCUUUGAGGGUGCCUUCACAGUCAUGGGCAAUCACCACAAUGUCCAACUGAAGUCGAACUACAUGGCCACCAAACACGACCUCGAUCCCGAGCUGGAAGAAGAUGACGACGAGUAUAUGACUGUUUGGCGUGACUCGGAUGUCAGUCGACAACCUCAUACGGACCUCAAACGAAGUGCUAGCUUGACCUGUACCUCUGACAAACUGGAGUUCAACACCCAUCCUGACCAUCCCAUCUACCGCGACUUGAUGCUCAAACGUGACGAUAGUUUCUGGGGCGACAUAGGCUCCAUGUCCAUUUCCAACCUGUUUGAAAAGCGCCAGAAUAAUAUCGACGGCGGCGGUGUGGGCUCGGGCAAUUCGGCAGGUGUCAAUCUGGCUUCCACCAUUGGCAGCACCGCUGGUUGCCCAACCACUCGCAAAGUUGCCCUGGUCGGGGUGGCUAGUGACUGUACAUACACCGCGAGCUUCAACUCAACCGAUAGCUUGCGGCAAUACAUUAUUAGUCUGGUCAACACUGCUUCUGAACUGUACCAAUCUACCUUCAACAUCACUCUCGGCCUUCGCAAUCUGACCGUUUCCGAUGGCGAAUGUCCCGGAACACCAAGCACUCAAACGCCAUGGAAUGUGGGUUGCUCUAGCAGCACCGAUAUAACACAACGGCUCAACCUCUUCUCUACAUGGCGUGGUCAACGAGGCGACGAUAAUGCUUACUGGUCUCUCUUCACGACUUGUAACACGGGCGCCGAAGUUGGCCUGGCUUGGCUUGGACAGCUGUGCAACCACGGUUCCACUUCGCAGCAAGACACUAGCGGCAACUCUCAGAGCGUGACGGGCGCCAACGUGAUCGCGAAGACCUCGAGUGAGUGGCAAGUGUUUGCUCACGAAAGUGGGCAUACCUUUGGUGCCGUCCACGAUUGCGAUUCCAGCACCUGUGCCGAUUCCAAUAUUGUCAACUCCGGUCAAUGCUGCCCCCUCUCAUCCAGCACCUGCGAUGCCAAUGCUCAAUACAUGAUGAAUCCUUAUUCCUCGCCGGACAUCACCAAAUUCUCGCCUUGCUCGGUCGGUAACAUUUGCAGCGCGCUGGGCCGCAACUCCGUUCAGUCGCAAUGCCUCACCGACAACAAAGGCGUCGUGACCAUUAGCGGCAACCAGUGCGGCAAUGGUAUCGUUGAGGAAGGCGAAGACUGUGAUUGUGGCGGCACCGAAUCCUGUGCAGGAAACAGCUGCUGCAAUCCCACGACUUGCAAGUUCAAUUCAGGCGCUGUCUGCGACCCCAGCAACGAAGGUUGUUGCACGUCGACUUGCCAGUUCGCUUCUGCUGGGACCGUCUGCCGUGCUAGCACUGGCCAAUGUGAUCCUGCUGAGACUUGUUCUGGUACUAAUGGAACAUGUCCGACAGACACCACCGCGCCCGACGGAACCGACUGCGGUAGUGGCCUUGAAUGUGCCAGUGGCCAGUGCACAAGUCGAGAUCUCCAGUGCAAGACCCUCAUGGGUAGCUACACUAGUGAUAACGUUACUUAUGCCUGCAACAGUCAAACUUGCACUUUGAGCUGUGCCAGUCCAGACUUUGGAGCAAAUGUGUGUUACAGCAUGCAACAAAACUUCCUGGACGGGACUCCGUGCGGCGGCGGAGGGCGAUGCGAGAAUGGUGUGUGCAAGGGCAGCACCAUUGGAGGCGAAGUCAAGUCGUGGAUUGACGGCAAUAAAACUUUGGUGAUUGCCCUUGCUAGCGCAAUCGGAGGCCUGCUGCUACUCGCUAUCCUCGGAUGCUGCAUCAGGGCAUGCAGACGGCCAAGGGGGAAGAAAUUGGAUGGCAUUGUUCCUGGACAACGUCGACAACGACGAGGGGUCCAAGGUGCACAACGUGGAGGUUGGGAUGGACCUCAAAUUCCUCCACAGAUGAGAGAUCGUGGAUAUGGGGGCGGGUGGGAACAGUCGCCUGUACAGAUGACUUCGCCACACGGUUGGUAUCCUCCUCAACCACCGCCUGCGUAUGGGGGCUGGGAUAACUAUCCCCAGAGAGGGCAAAGCGUGAGGUACGCAUGA